CCGAGUUUGCCGUCAAAGUGAAGCGCGUGACGACCGGCCGCCAGAGUACACUCGAAGUGCCUAAGAUUGAGUUCGGGAGCCCCGCCUCGCCCACCACCAAAGCCAACGACGUGGUGGCCGCGCGCGGUCGUCGGCCCAGUAUAGCGCCCGUGCCGGCCAUGUUGGGCGACAAGGACUCGGACAGCGAGCACGACAGCGAACACGAGCAGGAAAAGUAUCUCGAGAUACCCUGGAGUUCACCCGCAGAGAGCUCCGAUAUUGUCAAAGGCUUUCCGCCAGUUUCGCCAUACGUUGGCGUCAGCCCUACGCUCUGUUAUUUAGUCAAAGACAAGAAGCCUCCCUGUUGUCUACAAAUAUCAAAGCAGUGCGAACACUGUCCAUACCUCCACGCCCGGGACUACAACUGGCAACAAACCCGAUGUAUAAUACUGGCGGCCGAUUACGCGAGUAAUGGUAUCUACAACUUCAUUGUGCCUCUCAGAGCCCACUUCCAUAACCCCAACACUUUGCGGCCAAUUGUCCUCCUAUUGGAAAGGCGUCCCAACCCGGCCUUCAUUGACGCCAUUUCCUGGUUCCCACUCGUCUAUUGGAUGCAGGGAUCCAUUGAUAAUCUGGAUGACCUGAUAAGGGCGGGCAUAAAUCUGGCCGACUCUGUAGUGGUGGUGAACAAGGAGUCGACCAAUUCUGCAGAGGAGGACUAUUUGGCAGAUUGUAACACAAUAGUAGCCGUACAGACAAUGUUCAAAAUGUUCCCAUCGGCCCGAAUGAUCACUGAAUUGAGUCAAUCAAGUAAUAUGCGAUUCAUGCAGUUCAGGGCUCAUGACGCCUAUGCCCUCUCACUCUCCAAAAUGGAAAAGAUGGAAAGGGAGAGGGGAUCCCACAUAUCAUACAUGUUUAGGCUUCCAUUCGCUGCCGGAAGUGUAUUCAGUGCCUCAAUGUUGGAUACAUUGCUAUACCAGGCGUUCGUCAAAGACUAUAUGAUAACUGUAGUGCGCCUACUGUUAGGCAUAGAUCAGGCGCCCGGCUCUGGCUUCCUGUCCUCCAUGCGUAUCACCAAAGAUGACCUCUGGAUCCGCACAUACGGUAGACUCUACCAGAGGUUGUGCUCCACCACUUGUGAAAUACCGAUUGGUAUUUAUAGGACUCAAAGUACUCAAAAUCCCGAACUCUUUCCCGGGGUUCAAAUAGCGUAUGAUUUUGUAUUUCCUGUGAGCGAACAAAUGAAUUUCCAACAAAUCAGUGUUGAGGUCGAGCGCCAGGAGAUUACAAAUCUGGUCAGAAAUCGACUCCAAGAUAUGGGAAUACCUCAAGAAGACUACGAUAAUUGCUCUGAAAAGCGAAGUAGUCUUUCCUUCAUAAUAAAGCCGAGUCCUAUCAAUAGUAAGAAGAUAUUCCUGACUCGUGGCAACUCCAUGCGCUCUAAGUCUCCGGCCUGUCGUGUCAAACGGUCCCGGAGUUCCCAAUCAAAUAGUAAUAAAGAGCAGCCAAACAUCGAUGUGGUCAUCGAUACCGUCGAGUCCAGAGUCCAGUCGCCCGACAGUCCUGAAGCUAAUGACAGCAGUCAUAGUAACCACUCGUCGCCGCCGGCUUCAGGACAGUCCGGCUUCGAGAGUCUAUUAGUGGGUCUGGAGGACAAUGGCGUCAAAAUACAUAUUAAUGACGACAAGACAGACAAAACUAUAGACAAGGAGAAUAUAUGA